AUGUCUUCUCAUUCUAUUGAAGCGUUUACUGCGCGUAACGAAGAAUUACUCAGUAAGCUGGAACAAUUUCAUGCAGUUUUGAAAAAUGCUCUUGGAUUAUAUUCUUCAGCUGAUGAAUUAGUCAAAUAUUGCUUGCCAGGUCAGACAUUCAGAGAAUUGAUUGAAACUGUUUGGUAUGGUGAAUUAAAUGCUGAUCAAAAAAAGAAAGUUCAAGAGAUUGUCUUCGAUAUUUGUCAUCAGGUUCUAACAAAUACCGCCGCAGCAGUAAUUGCUUAUGCAAUCGAGAAAAAGCAAGUUUCUUCGCUAAAUUGUAAUGACUUACUUUGCAGAAAAAACGUUGUCUUAAACACUGAGGGGUCAUGGGUAUUGUUUGAAAAGUGCAGUGGUGAAAAGCUGUCAAGAGUUAUUUCUGACUGUCUUUUUCUUUUUCAUGUAAUAUAUGAUGUCAGACACAUUCCAUCGUUGUUUUCGUUAAUGGAAAUAAGAGAAUUUGAAGAAAUUGGCGGUGCAGCUAGACAACUUCUGGAAUUUUCGGAAUCAGAGAGUUUCAAAAAGCAGUUACCUACUUCAGUUCUGGAGUUUUAUAGAAAGUUAGAAGAAGUCAUAUAUGUCGAGGAUUUCACUGUAGCCGCAGAGAGACUCUUCAAAAAUAUUUCUAACUGCAACUUUGAUAUAUUUGAAAUGCGUAAACUUUCUAAAUACGAAAUACGGGAAAAACUGGAUUUUAACUUAUUCAAGAAAGCAUGCAGUGUUUUCGCUACAUUUAAGGAUGUAUUCGAUGUCUGUGUUAUAGGAGAAUUCUUAAAUGUUGUAAAACAUAUUGCAUGUAAUUGUAAUAACCGGAAUGAUGUAAUGGUGUAUUUUGAUCAAAAAGUGCAACGAGAUGCAAAUCUGAACAAUCUCAAGAACUAUUAUCAGGACUAUGACGUAGACGUGAGAAAUCUCUUUGCUCGUCUUGAAGACCAUAUUCACUUUUUUAAUGAUGAAGUCAUAAUGAAGGAAACAGUUGAUAAGUGUGCAUGGUUAUUCAUGAUUUCACCAAUUGAAACUUGGGUAACCCUUUUUAUGCAAUGUUUGGAAAACACUUUGAUGGUGCCAAAUUUAAUCAGAGUUUUGCGAAAGUUUCCAGAAUACUGCAGAUUGAGUCGAAAAUCAACUUUUAUGGAAGACUAUUGUCCGGAUCUUAAAUCCCCCAUUUUUGUGCUUGCUUUGAGACACAUUUUAACCAAACUGCGUUCAUCUAUGCAAUCUGGAAUGAGGCGUCGAAAUUUCAUUUAUAUUUGUGUGGCAUUAUGUCGUGAACGUCGCACUGUACUGAAAAUUAACGGUAAUGCACGAGACCAAGAAGAAAAGAAAUCCGUGAAGAAUUCAUCGUCACUCUUAGGAAAAGUCAUUGACACUGCUCUUAUUGAUGGGUCUAUAAUUCUUAAUCAUCUCGUUUUUCCCGCUUUAUCAGAUGUGUUUUACCAAGACAUUGCGAUAGAAAUUGCAAGAACAUUGUUAGUUAGUCCUGGUCCGAAACGUUGCCCGAUUAUAUGGAAUUCCGAGGAAGGUAUAACACUAGCUGCUUUGAGUGUGAAAAUCGGGACUAUUAUUACAAACUCUUAUUGGGAAACCGACUCGAAGGCAUCUUAUAAAAAUUCAUUAAAAUUUUCUACAAAUCGAAAGAUGAUAUUAUCACUAUCAAUAAAAGAUGGAGUGAUUAUCUCGGCAAACACGUUCAAUAGUCUGCUGAAUUGUAUUAAUAGCUCUUCAUGGACUUACAGAUAUGCAUUGACUACAUGGUUUAGUGGCUGUCUUAUUUCAUACAAAAGAGAAAUCCCUCCUCUUCUUUAUAAAGCCCUAAAAAAAGAAAAUAGAGAAAAUAUGACGAUGAUAAUCGAAUCCGAGAACACUGACGACGAUACUUCUAAUCGUCAUCUUCUCCGAAAUCUUUUUGAUUUGGCAACUAUUCAGUGUGAUUUAUCAAUAAAUAUAAUUAGAAGCGGGUUUUCAUUAUCAAGUAUUGCUGGAUGUGAUAUCUCGGGUGCAUUUGUUGAUGUUAUUCGCUCUCACGAUCAGCUUCCCAAUGAUCAUAUAGCUAACUUGGUAGAAUUUAUUAGGAUAUUAGUUGAUCACCUCGAUGUACCUCGUCAUAUAAUGCCUGUACUUGCUGAGAUUUCGCAGAGUUCAUUUUAUGGACUUCGGCUUAUUGAGCCCUUAUUAUUAAUUCAAGAAGCUACUCUUUGCGCAAUAUAUUAUGGAAAGGACAGUGAUGACCUGGAUGCGAUUCCAUUUUACGUGUUAGAAUUAGAAAAUCAUAUUGCUGUCAAGUUAUUGAGACUGUUUUGCGAACUUGCAAAAGAACACAUAGAAAAGGAAAUGAUUGAUUUACGUAGAAGUUGUUUGGUAAAUAAGGUCGUAAUCAAGGACCCAGCAGUGAUUCCCGACAAUAUGAUUAUUAAUCGUAAAAUACGCGUUGAAACACAAUUAAUAUACCUUUAUAUUGCAGCGGUUGUUCUAUCUAAUCACAUUUUUGAAUUACCGUCUUAUUUGAAAAUAUUACUGGUGCAAUUAGCCAAUUUUUAUAUGGGAUUAGAAACAAUGAAAUCGGGUCUCGCUUUUGAUGAAGUAAUGGAUGAGGCAAAUGCGCUGAAGCAAUUUCAUGAUCAUGAGAUGAAUUUAGGCAGUGCAGUGAAAAGCAGUGUUGCGUGUUCCACAAAAGCGCUUCAGUUUGUGCAAGGAAAUAAUUCAGGCCUUGAGACUGUAAACGCCGAUCAAUUUCAGCAGUCAGUCAAACAUCUUUCAGGAACAACUUCCAAGAAUGAUGCGCUAUUUUUGGCCGUUACUGAAAUGAUCCGCGAUCAAACAACGUCAGAAAUAAUAGUUAAUCAUUUGAAUAGAAGUGGGAAAUGCGGUAACGAAAAUUUGGGUUUUAAAUCAAGACAUCGAGUUGUGCCAUCAUUAUUAAAAACAAGUGAUACAUCAUCAAUCGUAGGAAAUGAUGUAUCUAGGGGUCGAGGUGCAAAAAGACGUCGUUGUAGACCACGAAAAUAG